AUGAGUCCAUUCAACAUAAAAAGCAGCAGCAGGAAGAGAUGCCGGAAACGCGAGAGAGAGUCAAAGAGACAGUCACCACGUCAGCGGCGGCGCUCUCCUCCACGUGCACGUUCACCUUCACGCUCACCCUCACCCAAACCCCGAAGCCGGCCCCAGGAGAAAAAAAACGUUCCUCAGGCCCCCAAAAAAGCCCCAGAGACCCUCCCAAAGCCCCGCAACCCAGAGCCCGAGGCAGAGGUGGAUCUCAGGGCCCCAGAAGAUCAAGGGUCCUUUCAGGAUAAGAGGAAUUUUUUUCAAAAGAUCGGAACAUCAGAAGUACGCCCGAAGUCAGCGCCAAAGGUUGCUAAACCACUGAUAUACGCCUCUCCGCCGGAGGUGACCCAACCCAAAUCACCUCCACCAGUAAAGACUGAAGUGAAACCACUCCCAGAACCUCCUAACAUCCGAACACCUGAACCAGAAUCUCCAGAGCCCACAUCUCCUAAACCAGAACCUACUAGUAACAUUAGAGAGAUCAUCAAGCGGUACCAGAGCCGGCCCUCUCCAGAGCCUAAAGCCUUCCAGCCUGUCAGGGUUCCGGCCAAGCAUUUUGUAAAGAAAAAUGACCCCAAAGAAGAGGCACUGGCCAUUCUCAAAUCUCAGGGACCUGUCUCUAACCAGAAGAAACAGUGGGAACAGAAGCCUCCUUCACCCCCUCAGCUGCCUGAGUCCCAAGGCCCUCGUGAAAUCUCUAAUGAUAUGAGGCAGAAGCAGCGUUCACUAGCUGAUCUCUUCGGCUCACAGCGUACACAUGCUUUGCCUCGAGCUCGUGAGCCCAUCCCUCCUCCACCUCCCAACAUCCCCGACCCACCAGCAAUGCCUCCUCCUGUUCCUAAUCAGUUCAACAAGAUGGUUGAGGAGGAGAGUGUUCGCUCCCAGUUGCACAGAUUCUCUGCCAGCGUUCACUUUUCUUACCCCAGUAUGCCUGGCAAACUAUUCCUGCGCAAGGAGCUGUUUUAUCCCAGGGAAAAAUUCAACCACCCAUACAUUCUUAAUUUACUCUGUGAGCAGAUCAUGCGAGACACUUACUCGGAUUCUUGUCUGAGGAUUACACGCGAGGAAAGGCGUAAAAUGAAAGAUCUUUUGGCAAGCUUCCAUAUCGGAACCAGUAUCAAUUCACUAGAUGACACCCUGAAGAAAAGAAUUGUCAUGGCAGCAAGAGACAACUGGUCUAAUUACUUUGCACGUCUUUUUAAUGUGAAGGUGGGGAAUGGAGGAGAUGCUCAGAUCCUGGGAGUGUCACACAGAGGAAUCAGACUGCUGAAAGUGGCCAAAGCUUCAGGCAUAAACCCUAAACACCUCAGACUCCUGCACAGCUACAGUUUUUCACAGGUGUUGUCAGUACAGCAGCAAGGGGCUGAAAAAGUCGUGAUCUCUUUGAGUAGUGAAGAGCUAGAGCUUCAGUCUCGACAGGCACCACAGAUCGCUGCUGUGAUUCAUCUCUUCCUCAUGGAGCUGAUUACGAACUCAGACUAUGUGAUUGCUGUGAAAAGCUAUGUGACAGAUGACAAGAGCUUGCUGAACUUUCACAGAGGUGAUGUCAUCAAAAUCCUCAACAUGGACGGCCUCAAGGACGGAUGGAUGUUUGGUUCCAACGGGGGCCGUUCUGGACUCUUCCCAGUGGAUGUCACUCAGCCUUGUGCCCCCCCAGACUACCACAGCAGCAACAUGGAGCGGCAGCUUGAACGGAAAAAGAGUAUGAGACUCACUGGCUCCUCCACCAGUGUACCAGCCAAUAUUCCUGUCACCAACACGCCUGUCAAUGGCCCUGUGACCAUCAUACCUGCUAAUAGCGUUGUGUCCAACCCCCCUGUUGCCCGCUCAGUGGCUAGCAGUGUAUACAGUGCUGACGUGAGAUCUGAAUCAGAUCAUCAGCUGUAUAUCAUGACUGAAUUUGCCAGGAAGUUCUUCACAGUUGCUUCCAGCAGACAAAACAAAGACAAAAGUCCUAAUGAGAUGGUGGAACACACUCCAAAUCCUAUUCAGGAAUCAUUGAUCCUUUUCUCAGACACUGAUCUCAAUCGUCUUGGGACUCAAAACUUCAUGGUUUUGAUGCAGUUUAUGAUGGAUCAGCCUAUGAAGAAAAAUCAGACAGAGAGUGACUGUGUUAACUCCAUUUUGCAGUUGGGAAAAGAGAAGGAGUUCCUCAGAGAUGAGAUCUACUGUCAGGUCAUCAAGCAGACCACAAAAAACCCAGUGAAGGAGAGCUGUACCCGUGGCUGGCGUUUGUUCAAUCUGGUGACCGGAUUCUUCCCAUGUUCCAACACUCUCCUGCCAUAUUGCACCCUCCACCUGGAGACCAUCGUUCAGGAUGCCAACCACCCUUUUCAAGAACUGGCAAGUGUGUGUUUGAAGAAUCUAAGACGAUCACUCCGUUUCGGAGGACGCAGACAUAUCCCUUCACAUUCAGAGAUGGAGGCCAUUUUGGCUGGGAGGAACUCCCGGCGGUUGCCCAUAAAAAUGCCUGGUGGAAUCGAAUUUACCUGCAAGAUUCGCAGCUUUAGUGUCGCAUUUGAGGUGCUACAAGACUUUUGUGCUGAGAUGGGUGUCAUAAAUUCAGUAGAAGUGAAGGAGUUCUCCAUCCAUGCCACUAAGAAGGGGGGUGAUGUGAAUCGACCAAUUCACGCCGAUGAGUAUCUUUUUGACUUCCUGCUGGAUGAUGGCUCCAUCUCCCUCUCCUUUCAUCGAAUAAUCUGGAAACAGCCCAUGCAGUUCAGCAAUGAUCUUUAUCUGGAGUUCCACUACCAGCUGCUUCUGGCUAACUAUCUGGGAGGGAAGCUGUUGCUGCCCACGAACAGUGCUACAGUCUACCAGCAGGUGGCAGAGUUGACCGCUCUUCAACACCUUGCACUUGGGCUGACUGAUCUACCCUCCAAUGCUGAGGUAAAGCAAUACCUGCCCCGCAUGGAUCAGCUCAACUCCAAUGAUGAAAGACUUCUUGCUACUAUACGGGCACAGUUUUCUACUUUAGGCCCCCUCAGCCAUCUUGAUGCAAAAGCUCGCUUUAUCAAAAGUGUCAGUAUGCUGCCUUCCUUUGGAUUCGAUGUCUUCACCGCUCAGAAAGUAAGUCAUCGCAGCUGCCCCUCUCCCUCCCUGAUCGCAGUCAACCAUGAAUUUAUCAAAAUCCUUGAUCCCAAAUCACAGAACGUGUGUUUGACGAUGUCUAUGGAGGAUGUGCAGUCCUUGCGCUCAAUCCGUCCCAAAAAAGACAAGCUGCCAUCCGUUGAGAUCAGUUUUAGUGGCCAGACUCAACCAAGGACUAUCAGCUUCAGUCUAAAGCAGGCGAAAGAGCUGUGCCACACCAUUGCAGUGAUUAUGGAAGAAGUGGUGAAACCCUCCUACGGUAGUUUGUCCAGUCGCUCCGCAACGCCACAUUAAACAACCAACAUAUGCAAACUUCCCCUAAUAUCCCAUGACUUACUCUAAAGUUCAAAUAUGUCUCCUGCCAGUCGUUUUAUUUAAAAAAGAUGUACAAAUGUUUGUGUAAAAUCAAGGUUAAUGCUUACAAAGUGUUUAAUUCAAUAUGCAGUAGACAUGGUUUUUCAGGGGUGUAAAGAUACUGCAAGAAAGAUGUAUACAGUACAAUUUUCUAUAAAAAUAUCAUGACAUUUUGAACUGUUUGGAAUGAAUUUUUUGUUUAAUUUAGCAUCAUGAUUAUAUUAUACCAACAAAUGGGAAUGAUUUGUGAUUAUAUUUAUUAUAAGGUUAACCUAUAUUGUGUAUAUGUGUUACAAUUAUGUUUAAUUAUCUGCCUCUGAAUAAAAGAAAACUAAUAAGUGAGUACAGAUGUUAAACUAUUAAAGUGUAA